AUGAUGCGUCAUUUCAGUGGGACACGGCCUCGAAUGCCGUCCAAAUUCAUCCUUGUCAUGGUGGUCUGCGGACUCUCGACCAUGGUGUCGGCUCAAUCUUUGGCUAGUAAGUGGAAAAAAUUGAAAUAUAUCGGGUUCACAGGGAAAAUUUUAUAUUUUUGGGGUAAAUUAAGGUAAUUUAGGGGUAAAUUGCACUGUUUUUUAUUUGAAAAGAGGUCAUAGUGGUAUUUAAAGGCAGUAAAACGGAUAGAAAAGUGGUUUUAACAUCAUAUUGAUCGAUUUAUAUGAUAAAAAUAUCGAUUUUCAGCUAAAAUGUGGUUAUUUUUGCCUAUAACAACAAGUUUUUACCCUUAAAGAAUGUUUCUCUGUGAAAUCGAAAAUAUCCAGCUAUAAGCUACAUCUUUGAAUCCAUUUUAUCCAAAACGAAGCCCUCGUUUACCCAUUUUUCUGAGCUCUCACCCAGUUUCGCACCAGAAACCUCAGCUUGACCAUUUUUCUCCCCGAAAAAGUCGAACGCAACUGGUUCUGUAACAUCCGAAGCACCCCCCAUUACUCAAUCCAAUCAAUCCGACACCGAAAAAUGUUCCGUUUUAAUCGCAUACGUUAAGAAGCGUUAAUUCGGAGCUUCUUCGCCCCAAAAAAGCGCGGAAAACAUGACAUCCAACUGGUUUUCCCAACAGCUGAUGGCGAAAAAACUGGGGAAAAUAGGUUGGAAAACAUUUGAGGAAAAAGGAAAAAUUAAAAUUCCGCCGAAAAAUCGGUGAAAAAUUGAGAAAACGCGUGAAAAUUACGUUCUUUGUCCGCAAAGAAUUCCUUUGGACUCGUUUCGAAAGGAAAAAUAAAAAGGAGCGGAGUGUGCCCGGUUAGCUCAGUCGGUAGAGCACCAGACUCUUAAUCUGGCUGUCGCGGGUUCGAGCCCCGCAUCGGGCUAAGGCUCUUUUUGAAGGGAUUUUGAUUUUUUUGGGUUGUAGAUAGUAAAAUUAAUGCUGUUAAUAAAUUUGAGAUUAUUUUUAAAGGCAUAGUUGUUUUUUUAUGUUGCUGAAAAUCGACGAGAAAUCUAUUUUUGGCUAAAAUUCGCUAAAAUAAUAAGUUUUUGCGAUUUUUUUGGUAAAAUACGUUGUAGUUAGCUUUUUUUAACAGUAUGUGGCUCAUACCGAAAUUGCAGACAGUUUCUUCACCGAACCCGACACAUUUCCCGGCUUCACGACGAGGGUCGGACCAAAAGCCCUCGAUUUGAUGAGCGAAUAUUUGAGGCAACGGGUCGGGAAAUUCAUAAAAUUUGGAACAAUCGCAUACAAUUUGACCGUCCCACUAACUCCAUUAGUUCGAUUCUCACUGCUUUCAAAUGGAGUUUCCGGCUUCGAGGCGAAUAAUUUCCAAAGCUCGUUGAAAGUGACGCCAAAUAAGGAGCUUUUGUGGACUGUAAGUGCUUCACAAUUCCUUUACUGGGCUUUUAAAUAAUGUUUUUGACAUCAAAAUUUUAUUUUCGAAAAUUUUGACACCAAAUUUUGACUUGUUGCAGAAUGCCAAGAUUUGGCGGGAAAAUUGAAAUUUGAAAAUUAAUUUGCCUUUUUAGGGUGCCAAUAUGAAAAUCACGGUGAACUCGAUAUACCGCGUCACCAGCAGCGCCGGCGAGGUGACUGGCUCAGUUCCAGUGACCUUCGACCGGUCGACUGUUGAACUUGCCCUUCAGACCGCGGUGAAUACGGAUGGGCAUCUCAAAACCGACCUACAACGAUGCCGCGUCUCCCUCAGUGAGCUGCAUUUCGAAUUUGCUCAGUCGGAUGCGGAUCUGAUCAGGAAUUACAUGCCGUUCAUUCAUCGCGCGGUCAGAGAUCAGGUGGAUAAUGUAAGUUUGAUUUUUUUGGAAAAAAGGACUAAAAAGGUCUUUUAAUGCGGAUAGAGAGUGGUCUCAGGGUCGUUUAGAAAGAUUACAUUUCUUAUGGUUUGGUUAUUAGGUUACGAAAUUGUUUUGGGUCCCGCCACGAAAGUUUCGCACAUUGGAAUUUUGGUGAAAUUGAGCUUUUGAAUGUCUCAGUGUUUGUUUUUGAGCCUUUGUGACUUUAUUUUGGGAAAUCUGAAUAUCAGUUUAUUAUUAUAAUUUGGGUCCAACCACGAAAAGCUGAAAUUUUUAAAUUCGGUCUAAAUCUGUAGUUGCACUAAAUUAUAAGAUGAUUUUAGAUUUUUUGUGUAAUUUUUGAUUGUUUAAUUUUCGUCUUCAGCUUUUUUUGCAACACUUCUUUUGAGUCCCACCACGAAAACCUUCAAUUUCAAAAUCUCAUCAAAUUUUCCCUAUUUCAGCUGCUCUGUCCCACAUUCCACGCCGAGUUGGUGCCGGUGAUCUCGAACCGCCUCAUGAACACCCCGAUGAGCGCCGCUCUUUUCGACCACUACUUCAUCAACUAUGGCCUGAUGGGACCCCUCCUCUACAACCACGACGGCCUCGAACUCCGCCAUCGAGGCAAUGUGUUCGGAAUCCUGCGACAGGGCCGAACCCGCCUCAACGACUUCCGUCUGCCCUUCCGAAGCGCUCCGUUGUUCAGUCAGCCGGAGAACAAACACAUGGUCAGCUUCCAGAUGAGCAACUACACCUUGGCGUCGUUGAUGUUCUGGAUGGAUCAGUAUCGGUGGGUUGGAGGGUUGAUUGAUGUUAUGGAGCUGUAAUUCGGGCCCUGUGGCUAUUUAGAAGCAAAAUUAAGGCUUGUUGCAGAAUGCCAAAAAUUUGAAAUUUUGGCGGGAAAUUUAAAUUUGAUUAAAAAAUUUGUCGGUUUAUGGUGAAAAGUGAAAUAGAAGAGUAUUUUCAUAAAAUGAUUUUUAGAAAAAUAGAAAAAUUCAAAUUACUAUAAAAAUUUUCAAUUUUCAGAAAAUUCGACUACGAAAUCAGCAAGACCAGUGUGAACGACAGCAACAUCGCCGGAUAUCUCAGAACUGAAUGCGGACCUCAAGAUAUUUGCGCCGGAACCCUCUUCCCCGCAUUGGCCGCCAAGUUUGCCAAGGGAGUUGUGAACAUCAAAACGCAUACUGUAACUUUCCCGCACGUUCGCAUCGAAAACGGAAAAGUGAAAGUGAUCGUGGACAGUCGGAUUGAUGCCUUCGUUUCCGUGAGUUUGGAGAGGAAAUGUGGUUAGAUAGCGAUUUUUCGAGCGAAAUUAUGAAUUUUUGCGCUUGUUGCAGAAUGCCAAAAAUGGCGGGAAAUUUGAAUUUUUUUAAGGUUUUGGAUACUUUGGAGGUUGGAUGUAGCAGUAUUCUUUUGUUGUUGUUUUUGCACUUUAUUUUGAGCUUCAUUUAUUUUAUACUUCGGCGAAGGUUCUUGAGUUGGCGAGCUGCGCCCGAACUUUGCCCGUUUUACGAGUUUUCAGCGGAGCUUUGUGAUUCUUAGAGUGAAAACAAAGUGUAUGCUUCUUUUUUAAAUCAUAGGAACGGGUUUUUUCAAAUUCAGCGGCUAAUUUUGCCCCAUUUUACAUUUGGCGAACUGCGCCCUGGCUUAUUUUCAUAUUUGACCUAAAAUCAGGAAAACGGAAGAUAAUAGUCACACAUGUCCUAGAAUACAUUUUUUAUUAUGUUUUUUGAUGUGUGAUUAUUUCCCAGGGCGCAGUAUGCGAUUGAAAAAUCUCAGAAAUUCACGAAAUUUUAACAUUUUAGCAACCAGACAAGAAUCGCCGCUUCCUCACCGCCAACAUGCUCGCUGAAUUGGUCCUACAAAAAGUGCAGUUUAAAGACUACACACUCACUGGAAAACUGAACAUCGACUCGUUCAAAAUCAGCGACGUUGUCUCACUUGUGGACGGAAUUGACGCCAAUUCGAUCGAGUUUUUGAUCAACGCCCUAAAUGAUUUGAUCCUAAAUGACGAAAUCUCCAAGAAAUUGAAGGAUGGUACGAUUUUUAGGGGAAAUUUAAAAUUUUUUGAGCUAAAAUUCAAUUUUUUACAUCUUUUUAGGCAUCAAACUGCCGAUCGUCUUCGAUUUCGAACAAGCCAGCUCGGAAAUCGUGCUCGAAGCCGACAAGAUGACAAUUCACGCGGACUACUGCUUCGAGGAGGGCUGCAAACAGGCCCAACCGGCCGCACGAGUCGACCAGAGCCAGGACAUGGACGUGAAUUACUACGACGCGGCUGGAUAA